UAUGACAAUUGACGGAAAUGUAUUUGUAUUAUUAAACGUUGUGAAAAGACAAGAAGAUAUUUACCUGAUUACAAACAAGUUUAACAAAAAAGAAAAUUUUUAUACAUAUCCUUUCCCUUCAUCUCUUAUUCGGAUUUUUAAAGUGUCAAAUCUGGGUGACCAAAGAAUUGUACUACCAUUGACAAAUAUUCAAUCAAAAUGUUGGUUAAUACCCUACAAAGAAUUUUUUGUUUCAGUUCCUCUUUUGCAUUCUAUGCCUAUGUUUUAAUUUUUUAUUAAGCAUUAUGUACAGUAAUACAAGCAACUUUUAAAUAUUAGUAUUUUCCUUUACAUUUGUAUUAUUUCAGUUUGUCGUUUUAAAAUUUGUACCUGAUGAUUAUCGACAACGAUAAUAUUUACUACGAUAUCGGCCUCACAAAGUGGUUGAUUGAAGUGAAUGAAGAUAUGGAAGGUGAGACAUAUUGGCCACCGAAUAAUGUUGAAGCUGGAAGCUUGGUCCGUAAAGAAGUAAAUGCAGACAAAACCUGGCCUAAAUACCGUGUAUAUGUUAAGAGAUAUCACGAUGAAUAUAUAAAAGCAAGAAACAAUGUUCAAGGAAUUACUAAACAUGAUGAUUCUAAUUAUGAAACAGAAAAGGAAUUAGGUAGAGGCAAGCGUAAAAAGAAUAAGAACCCAUUAUUUACUUCAGAUUCUGAUGAAGAUGAAGAAAAACGUGUAAAAAAAUCGACCAAAGCUGUUGUACCUCCUCCAAAUGUGCCACCACCUCUUCCUAAUGAUUUUUAUAAUACUGUCCCUACGUGUUCACAUGGCAAUGAAAGCCAGAAAAAGAAACUUGAUAUCAAAGUCAAUUUGCGUAAAUCCCGGAAGAUACCGAAACAGCAAACUCCUUCUCGCUUUAAUGUUAAAGAAAAAACACUACUUGUGCAAAAUGUAUUGGAUGCAAGGAAAAGGGCAACAGAGCAAUUGCAGAAAAAAUUAUGUUCGCAAUCACUUUCCAGUAACAAAGUUACUAACGCUUCAAAUUCAGAAGAAUUUCUGAAGAAACAAUCUCAGGAGCACCAAACUGAAUUACAGAUGCAAAUUGAGAGAUCGAAAUGUAAUAAACAGACAUUGUCUGAGGAUAAUGAAGUGACUAAGAAGAAUAACAAUAAAUUUCAACAGUCUGAGAAAUUCCUACCAUCGUUAUCGAAUAUUGAAAAGAAUUCAGAUUUUGAAGAUUUAGUUGACUUUACUAGUAGCACUGAAGACUCUGUCGCGAAUGAUACAACAAUCAAGGAACAUGUGGAUAUUCCCUCUAAAGCAGCAUCAAACUUGAAGCACAUGGAGUUAUCACAGUUUGACGACAAUAUUGAUAAGAGUCAGAAUUCUUCCUCUACGACGUCAGAGAGAAAAAAUAAAAUGCAAGAUUUGAAGUUUCACUUAUCUGACGCGGACAGGAAAUUAUUGGAGGAAAUAAGUCACAAAAUAGAUACAGUUAUAACGAAUCAAGGAAAACUAAACAGAUGUUUGCUUCCUCAGGAAAAGAAAAUACAGAAACCACAUAACAUGCCUUCUUUGCCUUUAUGUAACGAAAGUGAUGUCCAAGCAAUGGAGAAAUGGCUGUGUGAUUCUGAAAAUAACAUUGCUUUGUGUGAUUAUCUUACCUCUUUUGGAUCUACUAGUGAUGAAAGAAAAACUGCUACCAUAUUUAUGCAAAGAGUUAUGUAUAAUUCUUUGGCUAAAAAAUAUAAUUUUGAUGGCCAUGGUGAGAAAAGAGGCUUUAAAACACUGAAACUGUGGACAGUUAUUGAAGGGGCUUUAUCACUUAAAUUUCCGGACAGCGACCUUGAUACAGCACUUAAAACCAUAAAGUCAUGGCUACGAAAUGCUAGCGGUAGGAAACAAGAGAAAUGUAUUGGCUCUGAUAGUCAUUAGAAAAACAUUUUCUCUCGCCCACCUACCGAACACACACGUCCGAGCGAUAAAAGCGUGAAGGCGCGAGAGAAGGCCUGCUACGGAGUAAACAUCGGAAAUCAGAGCAACCGGAUGGAGCAACAAACUUGGGAAAGCGGACUCGAUUAGGGGCUAUCAUGAGCUGUAAGGAACGUGCGCGAACCAUCUUUCCGCAGAGAUGACUUUGUUAUCGUUGAUCUCA